AUGGCUGAGAUCUAUUCUUUGUAUCUAAUGGAAAUUCUUAUGCAGGCCAACGGCACUCUUCCCUUCGAGGAUGUCUGGCAAUACUUCCUUUUGCAAUUUCCACAUACAUGGGAUAAUUUUCACGACUUCGAGGCAUUCGUGCACUCUCAACCCAUGCUGUUUGGAGUCCAGAAUAACUAUAUUUUUCUCAAAGAUACUCAGGCAGUUGAUCCAAUCGCUUUUGUUCCAACUGAUUUCAAUCCUGUUUUUCCUCUUACGCACGUUCAUGUUAGUCCCUUGCCACCACCUCCGCGGCUCUUUCAUGCCCAAGAUUUCGCUUCAGAGGCAGAAGCUGUGAAAUAUUUUCAAAAGCAGAUUAGUCGUCGUAACGAACCUUGGGUUCCAAUCAAGAGUCUUGCGGGUCACCUUUCUCAGGCCUCUGCCAACAUCCGGGCUGUUGUUGGGCCCCAGUCUGACUUUCUGUACUUUCUUUUGCGACAUCCACGCAUAUUUGAAGUGCAAGGCGAUUUAGUCAGCUUACGAGAUGAAGUGAGGCUGAAUUAUCUUCCUCGUCAGACCACUCAGAUUCGUCAAAGUGGCAGCAGGCGUAAUCGGCCCCUCUCGAUGUUUGUUUCUUCUGGCAUCUACCCUCCAACUCAAGGUGUAAAUGGAAUGGCAGAGAAUUCAAGUAUCACUGUUCACUCCUCUCAUUCAGUUCAAAACUUGCCGCAGCAUUCUCAGAUGUCAGAACAAAUGAGCGCCUCUCAGACCAUCCUCAUAUCUCUUGUUGAUUACGCAGCUGCCAUGUGGUUGCGUCAGGUGAUCGAAAAAUUGGGCGGCAACAAAGAUUGUGGUGUAUUAUUAGAGGACCUGAUGCAGGAGUUUGUGUCUGCUCCUGUCAACAUUCGCAGUUCUGUGGGGCAGACCCAGAUUGAGGUAACGGAAUUCCUGGAGAAGUUCAACCAACUCUUUGAAAUAGAUCAAGUUAUGUGCAAGAAUAAGGUGCUGGAUAAGGCGAGCACUACUUUUGUUAUCUCCGACUCCACGAAUGCUAAUAGCCGAAGUAUUUCGCUUAUAAAUAAGAAGGGCAUAGCCUAUUGCAUCUCGAGAUCCUGGGGCAUUAUCGAUCUGGGUCAACAUGAGCACGUUUUCUUCGACCGAUCUUUAUUCAAGCAUGUCGAAAAUUUAACAAAGCACUUUGUAGUGGGGGAAACACUGUGCUUCAACGCAGUUCUAGCUCCAAAAGAGUCACGAGCUAAGUGGCGAGCGACGCGGGUAUGGAAGGAGACUGACAUCCUUGCUGCACAACUCUCGGAACUAGGUUUGACGUCUUCGAUGACAAUCCAACCAUGCGACCACUCCUCUUCCAUUGCCUCUAACACUUCCUCGGAUGGCAACUCUGAUUCGGGUGUGCAGGAUGCUACUGUACUAAAACCUCCCACUUCCUCCAUCUCAACCGGACUGGAGAGCCUCCUUGACAAUUCUGAGUUCAACAUUGUUCGUCUUGAUAUCGGCAGUACUGACAAGGUUCUCGUCUUGCAGGAACCAGAAGGUCUCGAUGAUAGCGAAGACGAAAUCGAUGAUAUCCAGAAUGGCGAGAAAGUUGUCCGCGGUGACAAAAAGGGUCUAAAGUCUCCACCGGCAGGUGGCGAUAUCAUGGGAAGUGACCAGAGUGAUGAUAAUACUAGUUCCGACUUGAACACCAUGUCAGACAUCCCUAGCAUCUCCUCUUGCCUGCCAACAUCUCUGGCAAUGGGAAAUUUUGUGUCUUCAGGGACACAGACCUAUUUCACGGGCGAUAUUCUCGCCAAGAAGGUUUAUCAUGAGAUUGUGAGUAAUGAACAGCAACAGGGUGAGUGA